AGCAGAAACAAUAAGGCAGCCACCAUCUCUCCUAGUGAAGCUGGUUGCGGUCCGACUAUCUUCUUUUUUAUUGUCUGUCUCGCAUAGGAAGUUACUGAAAUACAAAUUAAUGAAUUGUUAGUAAGGAAUAAAAAGUUGGCAAAGUUUUUUGGAAAAACCGUAGACUUUAAGAUUGGUCCGCGGAAACGGGAAUUAUAUAAAAUUGAUAGUUUGGCGUGUUAUUACACAUGUAUCUCAAAUGUCACGUUAGCGAUAUACAUAAAGGAAAAAAAAUAAAGUAGAAAUAAUUAGCUAAUUGCUGCAAAAAGCACGGAAAGUAUUCUUAACCAGAAGUUAAUAAAUAAAAGAAAAGUAGAAAAUAAGUGAAAAUUGGUAGUAAGUAAGGCAUUGAAACAGUUUGUUUGGAAUAGAUAAAUAAAUGUGCAAAACUGGGUCAUUCGGAUCCAAGUGCAAAAAAUAUGUAGCUGAUUUCGGUUGGUGUUUUCACGUGUGUGGAAAUCAAAUAGCUUCAAUAGUGUUUGCAAAGUGAAUCCGAGGUGCAAAAAUUUGGUCCGGAAUUGAUGGAGGACCGCUCCAAAUGAGCACGGACUAAGAGUGCUGGAAAAUCGUGAAAACAGUGGACCACUGUGGAAAAUAUAGGUCACUGAGGCUGGGAAAAAAGAAGAAAAAGAAGAAAGAAAAUAUUAGGUGCAGUGUAAAUCAAAGUGCCCAUCAAUCUCCAUCAUGGAUCUUGGAGGCGAAGUUUUCACCAUGGGCCUGGCGCUGAAGCUCCAUAAGUUGCCCCCAGGAUCGACGUUGGACUUUUCCGAGUUUCGACGGGAGAACUCCAACACGGCCGCGUACACCAGCGAUUGGGACAACUUUCAGGCCCAGGAAACGGCUUCGAACGACACCGGUCCGUACGAAGAGUAUGAACUGUUCUACCGGCACUCGUCCACCAUGACGGCAGUGUACUGUGUAGCCUAUUUUGUGGUGUUUAUCGUGGGCUUAAUUGGGAACAGUUUCGUCAUUGCGGUAGUCUUCCGCAUGCCCCGGAUGCGAACCGUGACCAACUUCUUCAUCGUGAACCUGGCCGUGGCGGACGUGCUGGUCAUAGUGUUUUGCCUGCCGGCGACGCUCAUGAGCAACAUCUUCGUGCCGUGGAUGCUCGGGUGGCUGAUGUGCAAAACCGUACCUUACAUACAGGGAGUCUCAGUGGCGGCCUCUGUCUACAGUUUGAUAGCAGUCUCGCUGGAUCGAUUUCUCGCUAUCUGGUGGCCAUUGAAGCUGCAGAUUACCAAACGUCGGGCACGAUUUAUGAUCGUGUGCAUCUGGAUCAUCGCUCUUAGCUCGACCAUACCGUGGGCGCUGUUCUUUGAACUGGUUCCGAUAUUCCCCGAAGCACCCGAAGUCCAACUGUGUGUGGAAGUUUGGCCUCCGGGUACUGAUGGUGCUCUGUACUUUCUACUUGCCAACCUGGUGGCGUGCUACCUGCUGCCAAUGGUGCUCAUCACCAUUUGUUAUAUACUGAUCUGGAUCAAGGUCUGGAGGCGAUCCAUCCCCGGCGACUCGAAGGACGCCCAGAUGGAUCGGAUGCAGCAAAAGUCCAAGAUCAAAGUUGUUAAGAUGCUUGUUGUAGUUGUUAUUCUAUUUGUACUAUCCUGGUUACCGCUGUACGUGAUCUUUGCCCGGAUUAAGCUGGGCGGCGCGCUGGAGAGCAACGAGGAAGAAUUGCUGCAGAUUGCAACCCCGAUCGCCCAAUGGCUGGGGGCGUCCAACUCGUGUAUCAACCCGAUCCUGUAUGCGUUUUUCAACAAAAAGUACCGGAAAGGAUUCGUGGCCAUCAUCCGCUCAAGGAAGUGCUGCGGACGGUUAAGGUACUAUGAAACCAUGGCCAUCGCGUCAUCCUCGACCAGCACCCGUAAGUCGUCGCACUAUCACAACAGCAGCAAACGCCCACCGCACAGCCCAUCGAUGAAGUCCGCGGACGCCGUGUCGUACAUCUACGAGGAGAAGGGUGGCCGGAAGCACCAUUCCAUCUCCAAGCAGGACAGCAACCUCUCGCGCCACAUGCUGCUCAAACAGGACAGUAGCAUAUCACGGCAGACGCUACUCAAACAGGACAGCAUCGCAUCACGAUCGGCAAUACUGUAUCGGCAAGAUAGCGACAAUUCACGCCAGAUGCUCCUGAAGCAGGACAGUAACGGUUCACGAGACAUGCUUUCGAAGCAGAGUUCGGCGUCGGAUUCGAUUUCCCGCCAGGACAGUCAGAUUUCCUACAUUGAACCACGUAAGGGCAUUCUGUGCAAACAGGAUACGCAAAUCUCGUACAUUGAGCAUUCGAGUGCCAGCAAAAAGUACUCGGCCUCACUGUCCAGCCAGGAUAGUGUCCUGUCGAUAAUCGAACAUAAAAGACACAAACUCGUUAAACAAGACUCUAUUUUCUCGUUCAAUGAGCCCAAAUCAGUGUACGAGAAUGCCGCAGUUGCACCACCAAACAAACGUCAUCAGCUGGUCAAGCAACACUCGGUUAUCUCAUUCGCUGACCAGAAACGUGGCGGUAGCCUUACCAAACAGGACUCCGUCACGACCAUACACCGAGCCAGCAACGGGGACGGUCCUUACAUAUCGUCCAUCCUGAAGAAGACAGACUCGCAGUGCAGCUCAGCCUCGCCGAUAAGGAAAAAUAUUGGAUUUUUCGACGGAUAAGAAGGCCAUGUGUCUAUUGUUUAUUACAUUUUCCCCCGGUUCCUGUGUUUUGUGAACUGAAUGACCUACGUCCCACGCUGCCUACACACAGAGUAUUAGAGACAAGACCUACGUAGAGAGGGAGAUCGACUCCAUUCGUCCUAUAGUCGUAUACCAACCAACCAACCAACCAACCAACCAACCAACAACAACAAGCUAGAAACGUUUUAUAUUUGCCCUAACCAGAAAAAGGGAACACACGAAACACAAACAAAAAAGGAAAAUCCUCGCUUCAUAUACGGCACAAUCUAGCGACAGUCAGUAGCAGCAGCAACGAGUAGAAAGAAAGAGAGAGAGUGAGACAAGUGUCAUCCUAUCCAUAAAAGCGAAACCAGCACGCUUCCAACGGAGGAAAACUGGUAGAUAAAUCCGCCUUCUCAUAUGUCCUGCUAAAAAAAUAUAUUUCACCAUAUCCAGACCCACUUUCCCAAAAACAAAAAAAAAAAGAACAAACAGGAGCAUAAAAGAGCUAGGGGAAAAGCACACAAAUCCUCCCACCGCACCCACCACCGGCUCAUCCUUCCAACCCAACACACAAACACACUCACCGUUGCCGUCGUCCACAUCACCAUCAUCAUCAUCAUCAUCAUCAUCAUCAUCAUGACGAUCCGAAAGCUUUUCGUUCGAUCCGGUCCAGCCAGCACCAGCAGCAGAAGCAGCAACAACAGCCUUGCAGCUAUUAUUUUCAGUUUAAAAUCACUUUUAUACCCACACAUAAUUUAUCACAAUCAAUAUCAAUCUAAAUCCGAAAUUGAGAAAAGCGAACUAAAACCGUUGAAUGAGGCAAAGAAAAGGCAGUGAGUGAGUGUCAAAGAGCGAGUGAGAGAGAGAGAGAACGUGAAAAAGGGCAGAAUCGAAUCUGAAUCAUCACUCCAACCCCU